CACCACUCCAGCUAUAAGAAACGACGAGUAGAGUACACGCCAUUUUGUACGAAACACAAACUUCACCUGUGUCAAAAAAAGCGGAUAUUUUCUCGUAUGCGAUCGUUGAGGAAGUAGUCGAGCAGCGCAGUUCGUUGGUCUAGUUCUCGUUAUCCUAAGAAUCAGUGCACACUCCUAGAAUGGAGGAAAAAACCUCUCUCAAAGAGUUGGACCAGUGGAUAGAACAGCUCAACGACUGCAAGCAGUUGACAGAGAGUCAAGUCAAGACCCUCUGCGACAAGGCCAAGGAAAUUUUGUCCAAAGAGUCCAACGUUCAAGAGGUCAAGUGUCCAGUGACAGUAUGUGGAGACGUGCACGGCCAGUUCCACGACCUGAUGGAGCUCUUCAGGAUCGGCGGCAGGUCGCCGGACACGAAUUAUUUGUUUAUGGGCGACUAUGUUGACCGUGGAUAUUACUCUGUAGAGACAGUUACACUUCUAGUGGCGUUGAAGGUGCGCUACAGAGAAAGAAUAACCAUCCUGAGAGGCAACCACGAGUCGAGACAAAUUACCCAGGUCUACGGAUUCUACGACGAAUGCUUAAGAAAGUACGGCAACGCGAAUGUGUGGAAGUUCUUCACAGACCUGUUCGACUAUUUGCCUCUGACGGCCCUCGUCGACGGCCAAAUAUUUUGUUUACACGGCGGUCUGUCGCCGUCGAUCGACACCCUGGACCACAUCAGGGCGCUGGACCGUCUGCAGGAGGUACCUCACGAGGGUCCCAUGUGCGACCUUUUGUGGUCUGACCCCGAUGACAGAGGCGGAUGGGGCAUCUCGCCGCGAGGCGCCGGCUACACCUUUGGUCAGGACAUCUCGGAAACAUUCAACCACACAAAUGGACUCACCCUUGUUUCUCGGGCUCAUCAACUCGUCAUGGAGGGAUACAAUUGGUGUCAUGAUCGAAACGUAGUGACCAUCUUCUCCGCCCCCAACUACUGCUAUCGCUGUGGGAAUCAGGCCGCCAUCAUGGAACUUGAUGAUGCUCUGAAGUAUUCAUUCCUACAGUUCGAUCCCGCCCCUCGCAGAGGGGAGCCCCACGUCACCCGCCGGACACCCGAUUACUUCCUGUAAGCCUAGGCUAAGGUCAGCUGGCGUGAUUUAGCAGUAACCGUGUGGACCGACACGCCACAAGUCCCAAAGCACACGCAGCUGUAGGUUCAACAACGUUGGCUGCAUUUUAUCCCAGCCUGAGGAGUAAUUAAUUCAUAAAUUAAUUAUUGCAAAAUAACUAUGCGGCAAGCGCACUGUCGCUGGGUGAGAGGUCCAGCCCACUUUUACGCCCUUGUUUAUGCCGCGUCGCAAAACACUGACCGACCGACCGACCGAAUCGCUCACUGCAUUUGAACCCCCCGUCGAAGCUGCUUUUACGGCGCGGAUCUCUGGCCGAGCGACAGUGCGCGGCGAAUUAAGAAAAUAAUUAAAAAUAUUCACGCAAAAUGUCCUGUAAGCAUAGGUUUAGGCGACGUGUAAUAGGUAUCAUACAAACAGCUCUGUAUCCGGCUUCUUGGUUGCGUGCUGCUCCGGGUGGACGUGCGCCGCGCCGUGCCUCCUUCACUAGAGUUGGUUGCUAAAACUGAGUACGACCCAGUUUCCCAUUUCAGUCCGCUGCAUUAUCAUCUCAUCAGUUCGCGCGAGGCACGCGCGUCUGCCUCUCCCGGAGCCAACGUCCGCUCGGAACAGCACUCGCGUAAAUCUUUCAUCCGGAAACUGCAAACAAUCUUGCUUUCUGGGCCCCAUUUUUUUACAUUAAUAAUGUGAAUGGCCUCCGACUCCGGGCAACGGCUUGUCCGGACGACGAGAUUAGUUAUGUGUGGUCACUCCUCCCUAUUUCUUAAUAGAACUAGAUAAUCGCGGAGCGUUUCCUUUGAAAUGAGCAGCUCCCUUGCCGCACUCGAGCCGACAGUUGCAAAGUUUGGCAAGUUUGUCGUAAAAAGGGGCAGGCUCACUUCAAAGAAAACCUAACUGAAAAUACAACAGACUAUAAAUUGUAAACAAAAACGCUUCUGGACUUGCAAAAAUGAUCACGUCACACUGCAGAGUUUCAAGCUAACAGACUGCACUAAAAAUGUUUAUUUGUCAUUUCAUACUAAACCGCUUCUUUCUUGAUGCAAGUUACUUCAUUGUUAACAUGGAGUAUUAGAUCGCCUGUCACAUUUAAUUUAACGCAAACAUAAUGAUCGAAUCCUUGCAAAAUUACUUCGCGCGUCCUUCCGAAUAAUGGGCCCCGGCUUCAGUUAUUGAUUUUCUUUAAAUGUGUACAGUAAAAAGUAUGAGCAAGCGAGGCAUUCUGAAAUUGGUUCAAGAUCUUAUGUGAUGUGCCUGGUUCAGACUGUCAGAAAUAAAAAACAACUCUGUGAAUAAUAUUGAA